AUGUCCUACAAUAUUGCCUACGACGCUUCCCUCGCGCCGCCCCGCGGGCCGGCUUUCGUCGCGUUCAUGGAGGACUUCUACCGUACUAGCGAUACGGAGUCCCUGCACGAGAAAUACGUUCAGAGCUUCACGGAGGAUGCAACACUUAUUAUGGGGCCUAAGGAAGCUCAAGGCUCGAAAGAGAUUCUGAAUCUCCGUCAUGGCUUGUGGACCCACGUCGCUUCACGGAAACAUUCCCCCUCGCGGAUCUUUUUCGGCGGCGAGAACGAGAUCAUGCUCUACGGUGGGGUCAUCUAUCGACUCAAGGCAGACCCGGAGAAGGAGGUCUUUGUGCCGUGGAGUGGACGGGUAACGUUUGCACCGCAGCAGGAUGGCGAAGGUGUGAAGAUGCACUUCUAUCAGGUUUAUUUGGAUCCUUCUGCACAGUCUGGUAAAAAAUAG